CUAAAAUUACAAUGGCGGCAGUUUUGAUUUAGGUUUUUCAUUUUCAAACAUUUUUGACAAGGAGUUAGGUGCCAAUGGUUCGUAUACAUUUCUAAUAUACCUAAUCAAAACAUUAAAGAAAUUCUAAUAAUGAAACCUCUGACCAGUAGUCUAUUCAACUGUAGAUAUUUCACAAUAUUUCUUUCAGGGUUGUUAUCAAUGGGGAAACAUUCAGCUGAAAGGAGAAAAUUCAAAAUAUUCGAGGAAAGAAGAAUAGUCUCUAAUAAAAAAGGAACUGAAACAACAUCACUUCAAGCUUGCUUAGAUGAAAAGAGAAAAUUGAAAGAAUCAAUUUUAAAAGUCUUUCAAGCGGGUGAAGGCGUAGAAUCAAAAAAAUCUCAUCCAUCAAAGAAGGAAUCCAAACAGUCAGUCACUGCUGAAAAAGGUGCCAGAGAGAAACACACAAAACCUUGGUCCCCUCUGACCCAUUACCUCGAGAUGAGUGACAGUGAUCAUAACAAGCCACAGACGCUACACAAGAUCAAACGUCGGAAAACUAAGAGUGAGCGAAACAAGUCAAAAUAUGGCAUACAUGAAAAGCAUGAGAAGGAUGAAAGGAGUGGGAUAAGAAGACAUAUGAAAACAGCUGAAGAAAUGACUGGAAGAGCAAGUGCUGUUAUGCAUAACAAUGUCCCCACCAUGACUUCAAUUACACAGAAUAGAUUGACAAUGAGACUGGGGUUGUUUAACAAGUGCAAGAAGUCUGGCAAAAUUCAAAGAGAAGCACUGCCUGUAUCAGAUGCCCUGAGGAGAAGGACUGAUGCUGAUAUACAGAGAAUUAUACAUAACCAAGACACAUUUGAAGACAUUGACGAGAAUUCCUUUCAACCCAUGGAAACUGAUAGCUAUGAGCCAACAAGACCAGUCUCAACAAACAGUAUAACAAGCAGGUUGCCAGAAUCGGGGAAAAGUGUUGUCUCAAGUGUUGGUAGUCAUACAAGUGGAACCGGAGCAGUGAAGAACAUGCCUGAAAUUCAAAAGCCAAGAAAAAGAAAAAGUCCAUAUGAUGAGAUUCAAAGACUUGCACAUGAACUUGAAGGAUCAACAUCUUCACCAAAAGUCAAGUCUCCACCACUCUCUGCUGCUGCAAAAUACCUGAUGUCCUUCAUGAAACCCAAAGUCCUCUUUCCUGGAAGAAAUUUAAAUGCAGAAACUAAAGAAGAACUUGGCAGCCUACUUAGAAAAAACGCUCCAAUUGCUACAAUGACACCCCAGAAGGUUGCAAGUCCAGCAUCAAGCUGUACAAAGAGAUCUCUACUCGACUGCUUACCCCCAUCUCAAGAGAGCCAACACUCCCUAUCUCAAUCGAAUUCUCAGAUGUCACAAAAUUCUGACCCACUCAAUUUGAAAGCAAUGGAUGAUGCUAAAACCUUACUAUACUUUAACGAGCAAGCCAGAAAAUUAUCUCAAGAAUCUCCCAAAUUUGUGGACCAAUCCAGCGGAUACAAACCUCAUGCUGCGGAUGCACUUUGUCGGGAAUCUGGGUUAAUCCAAAAAGACCCCAAUAUGUCAUAUAUGGAAGCCAAAAUGACGAGGUCUCAUUUGCAUCCAGGAACAAGCAAAGGGGUUCAGAAUAUGGAAGUUGAUUGUUAUCCAUCUGCAGCUUCAAAUCAAAGAAUUCACAUGUGGAAGAACAUUCCUCAGAAUAAACCUACUGGCUCUGUGAUUACACAGUACAGGGUGGACCCUCAUACACAGUACAGGGUGGACUCUCAGAAGUUCUCUAAUAGGCGCUCUCUAGAUGACAUGUACAUGCAUGAUCAUAACAACUCAUCGGCAUACUUGGCAGAUAUAUCAAAUUUAGGGGAACCAGAUCCCAAUGCCUCAGACCUUCUAGACUUCAUUGAUAAGGAACCAAGACAUGAUCAUCUCUACAAUCAGUCCAAUUACAUGGCACAUGCCAGUGAUAUGUAUUACAACAAUACUGAUAUAUACAGCGCCAGUAAGACUUCUGUUACAAAUAGUGCCCAGGAACAUGUGUAUUAUGGUCCAAGGUCCAUGAAGUUAAAAAGUGGAACCCCAGAUUCAGAAUCUGGGUCUCCUGUAUGGUAUAUACCUGUAGUAAAAGCCAGUAUGCAGGAAAAACUGCCACCUUCUCCCAAGGGGUCCCCACCCAAGCUUUACCGUCAUAAACUGUAUUGAUAACUCAAGGAUGAAAUACAGAAAUGGAUCAGUGAAAAUAUGAUUGUGUGUAGAAAAUAGUGCAAAUAUAACAGAGCCUAAUUAGUGCUUAAUAUCAUAUAAACUCUUGAACAGAGACGGAGACCGUGAUAUUUAACGAACUUUAUUGUGUACGACUUGUAAAAAGUCACAGUCAGUUAACUUUCUCAAGGAAUGUUAACAACUUUCUCAAGGAAUGGCAAGGAAAGGGGAUCCCAUGUUCUUGAAUGACUUCUUAUGCAAUAUGAUAUGUUUAUUUAUACAUAAUAUUAAGAGACAUGGAUUAAAUGUUUUUUUAUUUUAUAACUUAGGGCUGGCAAUUAAGUCUGAAAUUAUUUUCUAAUAUUAGUAUCAUAAAUGUACUUUACAUGUUAUAAGGCAGAGCCUAUAUGUUAUGUAUCUAUAAUCUCUAGUCUAUUAAAUUGUUACAAUUUUACAAC